CAAAGCAAUAGCAAAGCGAAUUUAUUCACUUAGCAGUUUUCAGCGAUAUUUAACGAUUAUCGGACAGUUAUGGAGGAAGUUUUUAUACCGAAAAUAUCUAUCCUGACCCAAGAUGGAGGAAUAUUUUCCAGUCUUGACAGUUUAUCUGUAUUUACCGGAUACGUUCCCAUUACAGUUCCGAUUUUCCAGGCAGUGAAAGUUAAGCAAGGUUUUCCUCUGAGACACACCUAGUUUUAAAAGAACGCAAAAGAACGCUGGUACACUUCAUUAAGAAACAUGAAACAGCCCUGCUUGCAUUAAGAGAAGCUAGAAUGAAUUGUUGGAAGUCAAAGGCAAAGCUGCAAAAGUAUGAGUUGAUUUUAGAGACACAGAGAUCUUCGUUACAUUACAACCAGAACGAGGCUAAAGUCAGAGAGGCAGCAAUUGAGGACAUGGAAUUAGUACAUAAUAAAUGGAUGGUCAAGCACGAGAAAGACCAUAUUGCUUUUGAGAAAAAGUUCUUAGCUGAGAUAAGUUUGCGAGAGAAAAUUCAAAAGAUGUCAAACGACCUUGAACUUGAUGUAGUUGAAAUGCUGACUGAUACAAUCAGAACUUUGAUGAACAAAAACAGACAAAAUCUGAGUGAUACAAAAGUAAACAAACUUGCCAUACAAGUAUACAAAAAAACAUGCCGUACAUACAAGUUUAAACAUGCAUCGAACAUACCAUGUGAGAAAGAAUGGAUUGAGAAACCUGAAUAUGUAAAUAGUAGAAUUAACAAACAAGAUAUUCAGAGAAAGAUCAAGACACCAUGUCUGGAAAUGGACUGAAAAGCUUCUUCGUUUUUUCCCAUUUGUCAUCAUUGUUUUUCCAUUUCAAAUGGGUUUUUUUGUUGUUAUUUUUUCCCAUUCAAAAUGGGUUUUUAAUUUGUUGUUUUUUUCCCAUUCAAAGUGGGAUUUUUACGAAUCAAAGAAGAAAAUCGAAAUAUCUAGUUAAAUAUAUUUUAAAUAACUAGAAAGAUGUGUUUGUAUUCCCUUUUCUCCUAUAGAUACCAUUACACUACCUGUUUCACAGCGUUAUCAAUUUUCGACAUUUUAUUUGUUCACUCAGUUAACAAGAUUUGUGUGCUCCGAACCAAACAGACAAAAUAACAAUGCCGAUAAUAUUGUCCGAAACUACA